CAUCCAUACAUCUUCUCACCUGUCAAAACCAACCUUCCCCUACCCACACUGUAACUACUCCUCCUACUAUAUUUAUUGACAUCCUCAUCUUCAUACUCGUCUCAGUUUCUCCUUUCAUUUCCGUCCAAAACUCGAAAAAAGAAGAAGUAAUAAUUCCCUAUAUAUCCAUCGAUUGCUCUUUUAUUUACUAAAACAAGAUGGGAUCAGUAGCCGGAGAAAACAAUGGGGUAGUGGACCAAUGUAAACGAAGCAAACUUAAGCCUUCAUCGUCAUCUUCCUUUCGUCUUCGUAGCCCGAGCCUGAACUCCAUUCGUCUACGCAGGAUCUUCGACUUGUUCGACAGAAACCACGACAGUUUAAUCAGCGUAGACGAACUAAGUCAAGCACUCAACGUGUUAGGACUGGACGCGGAUCUAUCUGAGAUCGAAUCCAUGGUGAAGUCAUACAUAAAACCAGAAAACACUGGUCUUAAGUUCGAAGAUUUCGAGGUUUUACAUCGGUCUUUUAAUGAUGUUUUCUUCGGGUCAAAAUAUGAUGAUCAAGAUCCAGCACAGGAUGAAUCGGAUCUGAAGGAAGCGUUUGAUGUGUUUGAUGAGAAUGGUGAUGGUUUUAUAUCGGCUAAGGAAUUGCAAGUGGUGCUUGAGAAACUGGGAUUGCCUGAAGGAAGUGAGAUUGAUAGAGUUGAGAUGAUGAUUUCUUCAGUUGAUCAAGAUCAUGAUGGACGUGUUGACUUUUUUGAGUUUAAGGAUAUGAUGCAAAGUGUUAUGGUUCCUUCAUAAUUCCUGUUUUUUACUUGCUUUUUUUGUAUUGGUUCUGUUGUUUCGCACUACUAUAUUUGUAUCAGACAUAAUUAUCGUAAUUAAUGUGAAAAUUAUGCAUUGUUUAA